UUUCUCUCACCAGAAUUCGAAGCUGAAGAUCAAUCAGCAGCAGAACCAACUAAUAUGUAUACCUACUCAUACUUACUCUGAGUAUGACCUACUUGACCUUGACGAGGACCUAUUGAUAAUUGUAAAACCAUCAAGAUGAAGAUGAAUGGCAGUAGCAAGACGAGUACCGCAGAAGAGCUGGAAAGCGCUUCUCAGGCGCAACGAGCAUUGUUUCUCUUUGACUUUGGUGGAGUGAUUGUCGACAGCCCGUUGGAGGAGCUUGUGCAGGAAGUGCGGGUGCGCCAAAAAUGCCGUCGCAAGGUGGCCUUUCAGCAGGCCCUGGCGCUUCUGGGCCGUGUCAAAGCUGACUGGGAGCGACUGGAGCGUGGUGAGAUCAACACGCUCGUCGAAUUCCUCGACGGAGUGCAUCCUGCCGGUUCCAUGCCCAUAGAGAUAGAUGGAGCGAAGAAGAAAGGCGAAAGUGAUACGGAAGACAAGCAUGACAAGAGCCAAGAAAACUCGCAAUCAGCAGAAGAAGAUCGUGGUAUCCUCGAAGGCUGGCUGCGGCGUCUCGGGAAAUUGCAGCCGCAUCCACAGGUCUUGUGGAUGAUUGCAAUGCUGAAGCACUUUUUCAACUUCGAAAUCGGAAUUGUGACCAACAACUUUCACGGAAUCGGCAAUGCCAUGUCUUCCGAUGAUUCUGACGGCGAAAAGAACGCUCAAGAAGCUUUAUCAAAUCGAUGCUCCACCAACCGAAAUCUUCCUCCACGUUCCGGUUCCCCGACUGAGAAGAAAAUUAUCGAGCUUAUGCGAGACCCUAUCGAUGGCACCUCGUCACUAGUGGACUUCGUAGUCGAAAGCUAUAUUGAGGGCUGCAGAAAGGGCGAUCCAGCACCUCACGACUGCAAAAUUUUCGAGAUUGCGUUGCAGCGGAGUAGGUUUCUCUUAAGGCAGCUAUCAGAUAAGAGACAGAGGAAGGGGGUAACUUCUACUUCCUUUCUAUCAAGUGGAACUGGCGCUUGCCCUCUAUGUUAACUUGGUCUGGUUUAUCAUGGCAAAAAGAGUGAAUUAGCACAGCAAGUUUAGUGAUUGACUUUGAUAUGUGACUGACGCAUACCACAGCAGAAUCGGGAUUACUAAAAGUCUAAUGCUCGGGAAACCAGAAGCAGUUGGUACCGGGAACACGAGCACGGAUCGAGUUUUCUUUUUCGACGACAUGAAGGGGAAUUUGGUUGCGCCUGCAGAAAAAAUAGGCAUCUCUUGCUACCACACUGUGGGUCCCUUGAAACUCGUGUCCACGAUUGUGAGCCAAGUUUUUCCAUCGCUUGCAGCCAAGAUUGGUCUUCGGCAUCCGGUUCUCCCCGUUCCAGACAUCGUUCCGUUUCGUCCUUCUCAAAAGAUCGAUUUGAAAGCAGUAGAGACAUACCUUUCUGCUUUACUCAAAAAAUCGGCCACCGGGGGUCAUCACGGUUCAACCACCGUCGCAAGAUCCGAGAAGCAAAUACAAUGUUGGAAAUCUGACGUGGAGGGAUUUGACGCGGUCGACGAUGAAGUGGAGGUCAAAUAUGCUGCGCAGUUCGCUUUCGGACAAAGUAAUCCGACGUAUUUUUUGUACGUUCGGAAGCGGAAACGGAAGCCGCUCGGUCGCGAUCAAGAGCAGGCAACUUUUGCUACAAAUUCGGUCCACAAAAAUUUGACGCCGCUGAUAGACACUGACUCAGAGGAGUGGCUUGCAAAGUAUUGCUUAGUCCUGAGGAAGCAACCACCCGGUAAGCUGCUGCCCAAAGCACACGAUAUGGCCAGGGAAUUUUCAGUGAUGCGUGCUCUCGGAGAGCGCACAGACGUUCCUGUCCCGAAGGUACUCGUCCUAGAAAAAACACCGUUUGAGGGCGGAUCCGAUAUUAUUGCAAAUGCGAACAUGAAGGGAGCGACAUCGAAAGCCAGUUCUGUCGCGAAUCCAGCCUCCUCAGGUCUGAAAAAAGCAGAGUCGCCUCCAUCAAGUCCCACGAAGCGGGUUCACUUUUCGCAUAUUCUAGUCGAUCCACAGCCUGAAACACAACCAGGACAACAAGGAGCGGAAACAGCAGUGCCAUUGCUUGCAACAAACCCUGUUGGCACUGCGUUCUUUGUCAUGCGUUACAUGCCAGGCGUCGUUUUCAAGAGCGAGAGACUUCCUGACCUUCGCUGUCCGGCGCGUCGUCGAGCCCUGUAUUUCAAUGCUGUUGACGUGUUGCGAAAAAUUCACAACGUUCCCUAUGCCCAAGACCCCGAGCUGGCGAAAUUGCUGGGAUCUGGUCGUGAUUACUCUGCGCGGCAAGUCAAGGUGUGGGCAAAACAGUACGCCAAGGCGAAUGGAAAACUCCCAUCGAUGCAGAGACUCGAAGGGACACUUUUGUCACCUGAAGAUGGGGUUGUUGCGGUGGAAAACCGCUUUUUCGCAGUGCGAAAGUUGCUGCAAGCUUCGGAGAAAGUACAAGUUCAACAAGUGGAUUCUGCGUGCCUCGUUCAUGGCGAUUUCAGAUUGAACAAUUUGAUCGUCUGUCCUCGUACGAUGUGCAUCCGGGCAGUGGUUGAUUGGGAACUGUGCACGGCAGGCUUACCACUCGUGGAUCUUGCUUCGAUGCUCGCCCCCUUCCCUUUCGGUACGCGCUUUGCCGGUCUGCCUCUUAUCGACUUCUCGCCCCCCAUCGACCACAGCGAGCAUGCUUGUGCAGGUAUCCCGACACUAGGCGAACUCUUUUCUCACUACCAACAAAGUGAAGCAAGCAGUAGCAGUUCGUCAACAGCUGGAGCUUCAAAAAUUUCCUCUUCCGACCUGCGUAGAGUAUGGUCUCUGCAAUUUUUUCGACUUGCGGGUAUAUUACAAGGCGUUCUAGACCGAAGAUCACGAGGUGCGGGAGCAGGCCGUGUUGAGCAGAAGGGACUCUUCUCACCUGAUGCCAUCGCGAUGCUCGCUGAUGAGGCAGAAAAAAUUUUGGUCGACGAUGAGGAUGACGCGAAAAACGCUGACGUUCUUGCAGAAGACAAGCAACAAUCGAAAAACAUAGAAAGACGCUCCAAGCUGUAGAUGAUGCUGCUUUGAACAACAACGCGGAGCAUCUUUGCACAUGAGUUCAACGACUCUCCGGGUCCACGCCCUCUCAACAUAAUGAUGUUUUUUCUUUUCCAUUUGAUUUCCAGGAAGGCUUUUCCAUAAGAAGUUGGUUUCGAUGGUACUUAGAAAUAUGUGGUCUCGACGGCGAUGGACACAUGUUGCUGGCAAUGCCCUCCAUUGAUUUUUUCGAGAAUGAACCAAAUUCUACUUUUCAUGUCCAUGCUACGAGUUCGAGUAAGACCAUCAUCAUCUUCCAUGUUUUGAUUUGGUUGAGGUUUCGAAUAUUUCUGCGCGAUCCAAUCUUCUAGGUAGCUUAUGAUGAAAACCAACGAGUAAGAGUAUGAGUGCA